AUGACCACCUUCAUGCGCAAAAUAAACUGCAGCUACGACAGAACCCACAACGGCCUCGUCGCACUGGAGAAAUACAAAUCUUCCAACCUUCGCUACGAUUUCGUGCUGAUGGAUGUUUCAAUGCCAGUUAUGGACGGCCUCGUCUCAACAAGCAAGAUCCGCGAAUUCGAACGCGAACAUAACAUCAGACCUUCUUGCAUCAUGGCUGUGACUGAAGUCUCCUCCGCAGGUUGGAUUCUCUUCGGGUUUGAUGUGUAUAUAGAACGAAUAGAACAUAAACAUUGCGUUUGA